AUGGAUUUUGACGUGACGUUAACGAAGACCGAGGACAUGGAUGAGUCGGAUGAUACUCCUGGAGAAAUAGAAUGGGAAACGAUUAUUCCGCUUCGUCCAGCGGAUAGUGUCGUUUCAAGCCGAGAACGGCAGGAUCGUUUCCUGUAUGACGUGAAUGGACGUCGUAGCGCCGCGUUGACGCAUUACCAGGACAGCUUCUUCGGCGACGAAACCGUUUCUGAAUUAGCAGGAGGAGAAACGUUGGAUGAAGUUCCGACAUUGGAUGAAAUGGCAACGUCAGAUGAAAUGGCUGAAGAAGAGGAGACGGAGGAUUUGCCUGGAAAAGAUGGGGAUUGGGAUUGGGACUAUGAGGACGUCAGCAGGAGAACAGAUGACAUCAGCAUGGAAAACACAGGUGACGUCAGCCUGGGUGGCAUUGGCAGCACGAGGGACGAUGAAGAUGACAGGAGGGAGGAAGCUGCAGCACUGCUGCAGGAUUACCGGUACCGGCAUGACAGCACGGGGGAGCAGGAGCAGGAUUAUCACACCAUGCAUGGUGUUUCGGCUGGAGGAGAGGGAGAGGACUUUGAUGAGUUUCAGCAGGGAGGUGGUGGUGGUCAGGUGUCCAUGCUGACAGCACCAGGCGUUGAUGAGAGAGGGGUGAGUAGAGCAGGCACGCAGGGCCAUGGCAGGCCGGUUGCAGAGCAAUAUGAGGACAGUGAUCAGGUAUUUGCGCUGGAAGCAGCAGCAGGUGUCGACAAGAGAAAAGCAGGGGAAUGGGACCAUGACCGGAUGGUUAGAGCAAGAACAGAGGGUGGUAUUGGGGUGUUGCCGCCGCUCAAGGGAGAGGCAGUAUUGCCUGCACGCACUGACAACUGGGGCCUCCAAGAAAAUCCUCUGAACGUCUCUGUUGAAUGA